UUACAAUUAUCACUCAGACUGGCAGGGAGAAGGGGAGGGUGGCAGAGCAGCAGGAGAAGAAAUCUUUUCAAUCUGGAUGAACAGAUCAGCUGCCUGGGACACCAUGCUGUUCUGGCCAAGCCAGGGUCCCUGUGACAUCAUGCCCUACUCUCAUACUGUCAGCAGAAUCCCCUGAGGACAGCAGCUGCUGCUGCCUACAAACGACUCUCUGCUCGCUCCACUUGGGAACGCGCGCACGCCGCUUCUUCAUUCCUUCUUUUCUGUGAGGCUGCUCGUGUCCUUUCUACUCACCCAAGCCGCCGAGUCGCGCGGAGGCGGAGGGUCGCGCACAGUCGAGAUUCUGCUACACUUGUAAUCCACCGCCAUGGCCGAGGAAGGCAUUGUUGCUGGAGGUGUAAUGGACGUUAAUACUGCUUUACAAGAGGUGCCGAAGACCGCCCUCAUCCACGAUGGCCUACCACGUGGAAUUGGCGAAGCUGCCAAAGCCUUAGACAAGCGCCAAGCCCAUCUUUGUGUGCUUGCCUCCAACUGUGAUGAGCCUAUGCAUGUCAAGUUGGUGGAGGCCCUUUGUGCUGAACACCAAAUCAACCUAAUCAAGGUUCAUGACAACAAGAAACUAGGGGAAUGGAUAGGCCUCCGUAAAAUUGACAGAGAGGGAAAACCCCGUAAAGUGGUUGGUUGCAGUUGUGUGGUGGUUAAGGACUAUGGCAAAGAGUCUCAGGCGAAGGAUGUCAUCGAGGAAUACUUCAAAUGCAAAAAAUGAACAAAUAAACUUGGUU